AUGGAAGACCCUUACGAAGACGAUACCGAGCAUGCAACAUCUGGUACAGGUGCAACUGCAAGCAAGCGGCCUGCCGGGGUAUCAACUGCUCCUCAGGAGGGCCAGGAAGGAGGCAGCUCGGGGCAACGAAACUCUUGGAGCUUCCCUUCUCUUCCAUUCGGUGCACAACGCCAAGGGUUUCAAAGAGUGGAAUGCAAAGGCUGUGAUGAUGACGAUGUGCCUUCGGCAUCCUCUGGGCAGCGUCCGACUUCGAGCACUAGCCCUUUGCACACUGGCGCUUCUCGCCAAGGCUCUGAAAACGCAGAACUAGGUCCCUCAGAAGACGAUGCACAGGCGGGGCCUUCGACAUCUGCUGCGCACGAAAAUUCCCGUACACAACCAGAAGGAGCACUAGAUUUCCAAGGGAAGCACGGGCGGCGGCAUCAAACUCUGCUUCGGCUUGGAGACGUGACCUCUCCUCAUUACUUGAAUUUGGGCGGCAAACCCGACUGGCGGAGGCUUAAAGAGGAUUGGCGUAUGUUAAUUUGCUAUUCCGAUUCUGCCUACGUUCUUUUUCUAUUACCUAUUCCAGGGGCAGGGAGAAGUGCAACGGAUGCUGGAGAGUUUCGGUACUACUGCAGGGAGUUUUUGUUUCCCACACGAGGGAAUGUUCAAAGCAAAGCGUCAACACGCCAACUCUGUUGCGUCUGGGAAGAUUCAUGUCGCGUGGUUCCUGUUCCCAUCAACAUGUGCUUUCAGCGCGACGUAACGUUAGUAGCUGAGGAAAUGGCGAGUAUUUGUUUGGAGGACGCCAAAAAGAGUAUUCGUGCGUUCAGUGCAGUAGCUUGA